AUGACGGUCACAUACGAUUCCCUCCGGGGGUCUUCGAUACCUCAAGCUAACAAGCUGCCCCUUGAGGAUCGAUUCGAAGUUCUAAAGGAGAUCGGUGAUGGAAGUUUUGGUAGUGUGGUUCUAGCAAGGGUUAGGACUGCUGGCGCGAGCGUAGCUCGCCGUGGCACAGUGGUUGCUAUUAAGACUAUGAAGAAGACCUUCGAGUCCUUCACGCCGUGUCUUGAGCUUCGAGAGGUUGUUUUCCUAAGAACAUUACCGCCGCACAGCCAUCUGGUUCCUGCUCUUGAUAUUUUCCUCGAUCCAUUCACCAAGAAACUCCAUAUAUGUAUGGAGUAUAUGGAAGGAAACUUGUAUCAGCUUAUGAAGGCCCGCGAUCACAAGUGCCUUGACAACGGAAGUGUCAAGAGCAUCUUAUUUCAGAUUAUGCAGGGUCUCGAACAUAUCCACGCCCACCACUUUUUCCAUCGCGAUAUUAAACCCGAGAACAUUCUUGUCACGACAUCUGGACAUCAAGACUCUGUUAAUUCUUUUAGGCGGUAUUCAGCAUUGAUGACACCGCCUUCUACGCCUCCAGCAUACACUGUGAAGAUUGCUGAUUUCGGUCUGGCAAGAGAGACGCAUUCCAAGUUGCCUUACACAACAUAUGUAUCGACGCGAUGGUAUCGUGCUCCGGAGGUACUACUGCGAGCCGGGGAAUAUUCUGCACCGGUAGAUAUUUGGGCCGUUGGUGCUAUGGCGGUCGAAAUUGCGACACUGAAGCCUCUUUUCCCAGGAGGUAACGAAGUUGAUCAGGUUUGGAGGGUUUGCGAGAUUAUGGGUAGUCCCGGAAACUGGUAUAACAAGGCGGGCGCUCGAGUAGGUGGAGGAGACUGGAGAGAAGGAACACGAUUAGCUGGAAAGCUUGGGUUUUCCUUCCCGAAGAUGGCACCGCACUCAAUGGAUACGAUACUUCAGGCGCCUCAAUGGCCUGCGUCUCUCAGCCAGUUUGUGACUUGGUGUUUGAUGUGGGACCCGAAGAGCCGGCCAACGUCGACUCAGGCAUUGGCUCAUGAAUAUUUCACAGAUGCAGUCGACCCAUUACGACCGAAGUCGUCAGCAUCGAGGAUACUAGGUCGCAAGCAAUCCGACAUAAGCCGUGGGAAAGACACCACUUCCGGGACGCCAACUUCAUCGAAACCCUCAUGGUUUAGGAAAUCGUUGAUCGGCCGCAACGAUACCACGGAAAGUCCACCUGCGCCUAUUAGUGUAAAAGAUAUAGUCGCGGCUCCGCGUCCAUCGCCAAUUCAUUCACCCGAAAUCGCGGAAACCCCCGCUGCCAAACCGAGGCCAGCCGCAGGUAAGCGCACUACAUGGACUAAUGGGCCAUCGAAUGUUGCUCCCAUGCCGAUUUUGCCUACGAUCCGACCUAUUUCGCCCUUGUCGGAUGCUGUGACUGCUCAGGCGUCGAACCGCACUCCCUCGUAUAAUGAUUUGUAUGCCAGUGGAAACGACAAAUCUAAAAAGAUCGGCCGCCAGCUCUCGGUAGCCUCGAGCGCAAGCCAUUAUACCGAGAUGCACCGACAACAAGCCGAACGAGCUCUGAAUGGCAAUAGUGGGCUAGCUUCGCCCCCGAGUGGACAUAAAGAGAGCUUCUUUUCUCAUCUACGCAAGCGAGCUAGGAGAUUUUCUGGUAGGCAUCAAACUCCUGUUUCGCCUUCGUAUGAGGACCUUGAGGCACAGGCAGGCUGUGGGCCUUGGUCUAGCAACCGAUCUUCAAUGGUUAUCGACCAAAACGGAUCUAUGGCGAAGGUGGACAAUUACGAAUCGUUGGAUCGCACUUUACACGACUCUCAUCCCGCGCUGGGUACUCCUGCACCACCUAUUCAUAUGACUGCGUCAAGUGGUAACUUGAAGCGACAUCAUUCAUUACCUCAUCAGCAACCUAGAUCUGUUGAUAACCUUAUCGGGGUUGCUCGUACACCCGGGCCAAUUUCUAGCCGAACGAGAAGGGCGCAAGCAACUCAUGGUGUGCAGAGCGAUGCCUUAGACGAGGAAGACGAGCUGUUAGACGAAGCACUUCACUCUACCCAUAAGGCCAUGAAGCGACUCGAGACAGAAGGAAAGGCCAAUCUUAGACAAUCAGCUAGUAAUGUUGGGCUCUCGAACCCGUACCCGACACCGUCCCCAUCAGCCAGUGGAAAUGCCGUGCUUUUCGGGGAUGGCCAUGAAUCCCUGGCACCCAAGCCGUUAGACCUACGCAAGAAUUCGGGACGAGAUGGUCAGAACAAGUGGCCUACUCCCCCGUACGAAGAAGGCGAGUGGGCAUCUUCGGCGGCUGCAAGCAUUUGGGCUGCUGGUAACAGAUUCUAA